AUGCCAUACAAAAUGCCGACUGUGCAAUAUUUUCUCAAACAAAAGAAAAUUUAUGACCACAAAGAACCAGUGUGGGUGUAUUUAGAAAAAGAAAUGAAGAAAAAUAUUGACAAGAAACCAUAUAAUGAAAAAGUGGGAAUGUGGUUAAAAUUUUUAAAAGAUUUAAAGUAUUAUUAUUAUUGUGAAGAAAAGCGCAGAUUAAAAAGAUUAAGCCUAGAAGUUGGACCACCAUGGUAUUAUGAACUUUCUAGCAGUCAAAGGGAGGUUCUUAGUGAUUUAAAAUCAAAUAUUCACCAAGACUUGCUUGAAGAUUUACCGGUUAGAGUACGAAAGUCGUUAUUGGACUUAGGAAUCACCUUAAAAAUACCAAAACCUGUUCUAAUGAAAGCUAUGACUGAUUCUAUUGAAGAUCCUGGUGUAUUUAUUUGGAAUCUUUAUACUUCCCACUAUAAACAACCACCAAGCGAACUGCGAGGAGAACAAACCAGAAACACUCAACCCAAUGUUCGUUACGGAGAAUAUCUUCAAAAAUGUUAUAUACCAUGCUAUAGUAAUCACUCAAGUGAAAAACGAAAGACGAAAAAGCCUCUGCCGCUCGGAUAUAAAGUUAAGCUUCGAAGUGAUGAGCUCGAUAAACGUAAAGAAAGAAAUAAAAAAGAGAAGCAAGUCGAACGAGUAUGUAACUACAAAUUCUGGGAACCCCCAAGCACCUUACGUAACACCGAUCCUAAAAUGGUUGCAUAUGUAAAUAAACUGAAAAUGUUUAAACUGAAAGCUAAAGCCAAAUAUAAGGCACCGUAUAAAAAUGUACAGUAUCAUGUAGGAGGAGUGUCUUUUGUGGGAGGAAGACCUCGUUAUUUCUUGAAUAAUGUUGCUUUAUUACCUACUGGAUAUAUUCCUAUAAAUGGCGGUACUGCAUGCUUCAAUGGAGAGUUUGUCAUCAACAUACAUGGGUACUGGAAGUUCCCACGGGAAAUAAACGAAAGAUGUGAUGAAGAUUGUAAUUGUAUAGCAAAAUGGGAGGACACAGUAAUGGAGUACGUUAAGGAAUCAAACUGUAAAUGUGAUCAUCUCUAUGACUUUUAUAAUGAAGGGAAUCUUACAGAAAAAUAUUUUUAUCCACCGACAAGGCAUGCGCCUUAUUGGGUAGAUAAUGCCAAAGUGUAUCAAUUAGAUCCAAUGGAAGAUUUCAUAAGGGAUACAGUUAGAGAAUCGCUGAUGUCAGCAGAACCAACAGCAUUUUUAGCGGAAUUAUCAGACACUCCUUUGUUAAUACCGCAUUUACCGAAGGCAAAUUUAUUAAAUAAUCUUCAGGAAUGGGUGAGGAAACGAGUGAAGGGAAAACUUUCAGCAACCUACGAUAAAAAACUAUUAUUAAAAUCACAACGCAGAUGGCUUGACCUAAAACACAUGGACUUCAGAGCGCGAGCGUUUAGAAUACCCUUCACUCUGAAACAGCUUAAGCAUAUGAACUGGUCUCAUAGACAUUUGGUGCAAACACUGUUUGAAAUACUGUUAAAUGACUUUGUAACAAGGAACAGGUUGAAACAGCUAAAUCAAACUCGACUGUGGUGGUCAACUAUGAAGUACGAUGCAUAUCCUAGUAAAUCGUUUUUAGAUAUUUAUUUUACUUAUAUGCCUGGUCGUAUGAAAGAUACGUUCCUCAUAAAUCCGUACAGCUCAGAACUUACACCAAAACACGGAGCAAAAACAUGUCCUUUG